AUGGGGGGCGCCGUCGCGAGAGGAGCACCGCAGCGCCAUCGCUGCCACUCCCGAAUGGAGCUCCCGUGCAGGACGCCGGCCCCCACGCAGGGCCCUCAGGGCCCCGGGGCGUCUGCUCUUCCUCUGCUGCUGCUGCUGCUGCUGCUGCUGCCACCGAGGCCCGUGGGCUGCCUGGCAAGUCAAGCCCCAGGGACACUGCCUGAGCCUGCUUCCGCCGACCCUGGCGUCCCCUGCGCCUCCAGUGCCACCUGUCCCUCAGACGAGCCUCGCCUUCCCCGCCAGGCCCCCACCGACCUGUCGCAGCCCAUGCCCCUCCAGACCCAGACCAUGUCUGUUUCUACCGGGCACAAUAGCUUCCUCAGCUGCGGAUCCUCCCAGGAGAAGGACCCCACCCUCAGGGACCCAGAGGCCAUGGCUCGGCGGUGGCCAUGGAUGGUCAGCGUGCAGGCCAACGGCACACACAUCUGUGCGGGCACCCUCAUUGCCUCCCGCUGGGUGCUGACUGUGGCCCACUGCCUGAUCUUGCAAAAUGUUACCUAUUCAGUGCGGGUGGGGAGCCCGAGAAUAGACCAGAAAUCCCCGACGACCUCCGACGUCCCGGUGUACCAGGUCAUCUUGAACAAACGGUACCGGCCGCAUCGGUACUGGUCCUGGGUGGGUCGGGCCCACGACAUUGCCCUCCUCAAGCUCACGUGGCCACUCAAAUACAACAAGUACGUCUGGCCCAUCUGCCUGCCUGGUUUGGACUUUGAGGUGAAGGACGGCUCCCUCUGCACUGUAACGGGCUGGGGACACCCCAAGUUUGACGGCAUGUGGCCCCAGUUCCUGAGCAUUCAGGAGAAGGGAGUCACCAUCCUGAACAACAAGGAUUGUGACAAGUUAUACCACAAGGUCUCCAAAGUGCCCUCUCUGGUUCGGGUCGUGGACUCCCAGAUGGUCUGUGCGGAGGACUUGGACAGGGAACGCUUCUGCUACGAGAUAAGUGGUGAGCCCUUGGCCUGUUCUGUGGAUGAUACGUGGUACCUGGUGGGACUGGUGACCUGGGGCCCAGGCUGCGGGAGGAGCGAGGCCCCGCCCAUCUACCUGCAGGUCACCGCCUACCAGCACUGGAUCUGGGAACAGGUCAGCGGGCAGGCCCUGCCAGCCCCAUCCAGGGCCCUGCUCCUGGUGCUCCUGCUGUCCCUCAGCCUCCUUGCUGCCCUCUGACACCCUCGUGCUGUCACCUGGGGGUGCCGUCCUCACCCUCUGGGCCCAGCAUGCUACAGGUGUAGCUCUCCCUGCCCCGCAGGGCAGGG